AUGAACACCUCUCAACCCACCUCCCAACCAGAAGAUGUCAAGUUCACUGUGGGUUGGGUUUGUGCCCUUCCAGUUGAGAUGUCAGCCGCCAAAGCGAUGCUAGAUGAAAAGUACGACUUUCCCGUCCCUUCUCGUCCUGGCGACACGAACAUCUACACCUUAGGCCGUAUCGGAGGUCAUCAAGUGGUCAUCACUUCUCUACCUGCCGGCAAGCCGGGCGUGACUGCGGCUGCCGUGGUGGCUACUCGCAUGCUCGCUGAUUCUCCUGAUAUUCGUUUCGGCCUUAUGGUAGGCAUAGCUUCUAGCACACGGGGAGGUCCCAGAACUGCAAGAUAA